CUCGCAGACAACUCAGGAGGCGCCAGGUAGCAGAAGACGCAGCUGUAGCAGCAGGUGGUUUAAUUUUACAGACUGAAUAACGAAAACCCAAGGGAAUUAUGUGUCUGAAUUGACAGCUUGGAGCUGAAGGGGUUGACAACGCCACCAAAUUACUCACGGUUUUCUAGAAAAAUGCCUCUGAUGAGGGAGCAUUCAUUCAACAAGAUGACAAUGUCAUCUUGUUUCUUAAUACUCAUAUUAUCCUUGUCAGCAGUGAUGGCUUAUGAAAAAAGAUCUGAAGAAAAAGGCUCCUUUUCUCUCCAGGAAUUAUUAAGGCGUGGGAACACAACUCCAGAGCCAAAGUGGACAGGGAAAUAUUUCCCAUCCCCACCUGCUAUACAACAGACAACACCAGCCACAACCGUUGCACAUGGAGGGGUCCCUAUGGGUGCCCUGAAUCCAAAUUGUGAUGAUGCAAAGACAAAUCUUACUGUCGACUGGAACUUCUCUGCACUAGAAUAUACAUGUUUCUUCCCAAGCAAAUUGAUUUUGCCUGAUUUUAAUAUUCAACCAGUGUUGGAUAUUGAAAGUGUGCCGAAGGAAUAUUCUGCUGUCCAUUAUUGUAUGAAUGAGACCAUUGUAUAUCAGAAUCCCAUCCCUACAUUUGGGCCUCACAGACCUGCCUGGCCUCGGUAUGGAGAGUACACCUAUGUGCCUGUUCAGCGAUGGUUACAUACUUUGGAGCACGGAGGAGUUGUUAUGCUCUACCACCCAUGUGCACAGCCUUUAGAGGUUGAACGUUUACGGCGUGUUGUCAAGGCUUGUUUAUUCCGGCAUGUUAUUACGCCUAAUGCACAUUUGACAGUUGAAAGGCCUCUAGCAUUGUUAACCUGGGGAAAAAGACUGACUAUGUCCGCUGUCAAUGUUAACAUUGUUAAAGACUUCAUCAGACAGAAUGCACUUUAUGGACCUGAGAAGAUCUCUAGGGAUGGACAGUAUGACAAAGGUUUAAUUGAAGAAGCUAAAAUCGUCAGUGACACGGAGGACACAGAUCUAUGUCCAACUUUGAAAGACCUUUCACUUUUCUGGUAGAAGUAGUAUAAGAAAUUUGCUAUGUAUCUAAACUGGUUCAGUACUUAAUUAAAAUAUUGGAUAAAUGU